ACAGUGUGAAGAGACUUAAAAAGCCAACACUUUCACACCAGGAGGGCAGUCCAGAGGGAGAACGACAGCGAUGGCUCGUCUUACCUCUCUCCUCUUUGUGCUGUGGGUCGGUGUCACAGUGGGCACGGUGGUGGAUCUGCAGAAGAGAAUCCUCGGAGGUCAAGAUUGUCUCAAUAAUGAGCGUCAGUACCAUGUUCAACUGAGAAAAUCAUCUCCUUCUGAUAAAUUUGUCUGUGGUGGCUCUCUGAUCAGUGCCCAGUGGAUUCUGACUGCAGCACACUGCUGGGACAAAACACUGUAUGCAGUUGUGGGUGUGCAUCCAGGUCAAGGUCUAAGGACACUAAUGGAAGUCAGACCUCGUUUCUUUUUGGACAACCAGUACCAGACACAUGACAUCAUGCUGCUGAAGAUUACUGACCCUAACCCUACUCGGAUUCAACCUGUAUCGCUUCCUGAUUGUAAAAGUUGUCCCAGAAACUUUCAGAUGACGUUCCCCACUUCUGUGUGGAUUAUACUGUCGUCCUGCUAUCAGCCCCUAAAGAUCCCUUUAACACUUCAAUCAAAUACUCUCCUCUGUGCAAACACCGAUGUUGUCAACUGUCAGCCGCUCAGAGACUGUUUUCAGAAAGAGUACUGACAGCUAUGGGCAACAAGAAGCUGUGAACACUGGUUGUGUUUCAAAAGAGCUGGAGUGGAGGUCUCUGGAGGUGACUCUGGUGGAGGAGUGGUGUACAAUGGCAUGAUUUAUGGUGUCCAUGUGUUAUCUGAAAAACGCACCUGCAAUUUACCAGCUGCGUCGAUGGACGUCUGUAGAUACAUUAAUUGGAUCGUAAGAACUUCUCGUAUUGCCAGACCCAGAAAGGUGCCGUUAGGGUGUGCUCUACUUUAAAAUGUUCUGUCAUUUAACAGACAUUUCCCAUGCAUUAAGAAAACUGUUGAGUUACUCUAAAUUUGCAAUUGAUACAUUUACUGUUGAUGAAAUGUUAGUAAAGCCCUUUAAGACAAACAGUAACUGUUAUUCUAUGACUUUAUUUUUCACAGUGUAGUGUCUGAGUUAUAACUGUUAGUUUACACAUUCUUGGUGUCAAACCCUUAUGGUAAAACAUAAUAAUCAAAAUAUAUAAAAACACAUCUGUAGAUUUUAACAUGUGUUAUUUUACAGUCAUUGUAUUGAAAAACAAAGCGCCAAUUGUAAUAGUCUGCUAUUCUUUCAACAAUACUGAUAACUAUGAUAAUCAAUAUGACUCUUCUUGUACAAUGUUGUCAGUUUAAAUAAAAUGAA